AUUGGGGAUAAUCUAAUAAAGAGUUCUUAAAAUUUUACACAAUAUAAAUAUUAUGUUAGGUUCUUAAAACUAUGGAAAAUACAAUCCAAAGUUCUAAUUAAAAUUCUCAUAUUUAAAUAUUAAUAUUUAUCUAUACAUACAUUUUAAUUGGAAUUAAGAAUCAUAUGCUAAGAUAUCUUUAUUGGACAACGUUCGUCCUAAAAGAGUUUCUCUUUGACGCUCUUCCCUAGGUGGCCGCUUCCAUGGAUCUCUUCAGUUUCAGCCCAGUUCUUCAGUUUCUAACCAUAUGAAGCAGCUCUCCUCUCCAAUGGCUCCGGUAGUGACUGUGCCUCCUCCAUCACCACUCUAUCUACCGCCUCCUCCGUUACGACUCCGUCCUCUUCCAGUUCUACCGCCGCUGUGUUCGUCUGCUACUGUGCUGUUUGAAUCUCUCUCCCCGCCGGAACCGCCGGACCCUCCCGACGCUUCCUUACGUCUCGUUAUGCAUCUGCUCUUUGACACAUCAUUCACCCUUUCUCAAGCAUCUUCUAACAUUUCAAAUCUGGAAUUUCCUUUUCCAAAUCUGGCUAGUGAUGGUGUUGUCUCCCUUGUGUUCGUUGAUGGCACAAGAUUUGGUUCUAAUUGGUUAUAUCCUGCAGUAUGCAGUGUGAUUCUUCUUUCACUCGUGUUGGUUCGCUUACUCUCCCGUUCAUUCUGGUUUGUCUCCUCUCUUCAAUCUCAGUUUGUACUCUUGUAGAAUGGUCUGAGAGGUUUGUUGUGUGUGUAGCACCAGAUUUUUCGGUUAUGGACUUAGAUUACAAUGUUCCAAUGAACUUUGUUUCAUUUGGUUCUACCUCUAUGCAUGUUGAUGGUUCUCAGGUCGCCUUAAUGCGAUCUUGUGAUGCAGUCUACUGCAGUAUGCAGUCUCCUUAGUGUAUUUAGUACAGCUCUUGGUGCUGUGAUUUCGUGUUAUCUUUCUUGGUAGCAGAUUGAAGGAAAACUCGUUGAUAAGCUCCAGGGGCGAAGCUAGACUUUCUUAUAACUCGGUGCAAAAUCUAGUAAAAGUACUUUGAGGAGAAUUGAACCCAUGUUCUUAGGAAAUUAUGGGUGCACCAUAACCAAAUUGACUACCUGAAUCUUACUUUUCUAGUGUAAAAUGUUUAAUAUUUAAAAUACACUGGGUGCACGUGCACCUUAGUAAUAAACAUAGCUUCACCCCUGAUACGCUCAGUGGCGAAGCCAACAUGUUGGGAGGGGGGUCAGUUGACCCUGGUGAAUUUCUUAUUUUUAAAAAAAAAUUACAUGUAUAUUUCUGUAAAAAAAAUUAGAACAAUGUUGCAAAGUUUAGUUAAUUGACCCAAACAAUAUAUGAUAAUAAUGAAUUUUGACCCUCUUAAAUAUUUUUCCUGCCUCCGGCGCUGGAUACACUUAUCCCGGUGAAUCGGGUUAUGGAGGGAUUUCAUUACCCAACGGAUUCCUUUGUGGAGCAGUUUCUUUUCCCAAUAUUUCCUUCUAUGUGGAGUGAAUUGGAUGGCCAAGCGUCGCUAGUAUUGCAAGGAUCUUCCUCCUGGCUGAUGCUCUUCUCUGCCUUUGUUGCAGUGUUUGUGACCUUUGAGGUUACUCGGUAUGCAAUUAUUCAAGAAGAUUAUGAGAUCUUUCGAUUUUUUAUGGUCUCUUGUGAUGUUGUGUAUCAUCGAUCUAUCUUUUGCUUAAUCUAUGUUUGGUUUUUUUAGCCCUUAGUGGCUCUGAUGUACUCUCUUUGUGGUGAUAAACUUUUUUAAAUUUCUAAUGAAAGUUUGGUUUGAAUAAACAAAAAAAAAGAUAUCUUCAUUGGAAGUGCUCUUAUGGUUGUGAUUUAGAUGAAAUUAAAGACAAUAAAAUUUGUUCGAUGUACUGCUCUGUAAGAGAAGUUCAAAUUCUCAAGAUAAUUGUUAUAGAAAAGCAAAAAUAUAUAAAAAGUAACUUGAAAAGAUGAGUAACCUAACUAUAAACAUAUAGUAUUUUAAAGCUAAUUGAGCUAGAAAUAAACUAUAGACCAACUUAUAAAAUAAAUGUGUACCAUGUUUUCGGUUUUCCCACCCACUUUUAAAAUCAAUUUUGCUAAGACAAGAAGCUAUAAGAUUUUCUUAUGUUUAGGUAAAAAAGGAGUGUAUAUUGUAUUUUUCUUCAUUCUAUAAUAAUAUUAAUUAUAUUAUAUGCAUAUACAUCUAUUUAUAUACAGUAUAUAGGCAUACGCUUGUCAAAUUAUCAGUUAGAUUCUCUUUAUCAUAACACUCAACAACACUCUCACUGACCCUCCACUUUCCUAUAAACUACUUGUUAAGUCACAUAAAUGGCAUUUUCCCGGCCUAUACCCGACGGCAAGAUCACCGUCUCAACCACCACGACUAAGAAGCGCGAUGUCCCAAGUCCGCCGCCAAACUGCUGCGUCACGUGCCUUGCGAGGCUCAUCAGAAAAGUGAAGAGAAAGGGGAUGUUGCUGCUGUCGGCAACAGCGGCUCGAAGACAGUGUAGCUCGUUGCAAUGUCGGUACGAUCCAAUGAGCUAUUCACUGAACUUUGAUGGUGGCGCGUGUGGUACUCUUCCAGAUGAUGAGGAUUAUUAUUUCCGAUUCUAUGCGUUUUCUUCAAGAUACGUUACUGCUAAUACUAUCAAGAAGAUACCACCAUUUCUUAGAGAACCCCUCUCCACCUCUUUACAUGAAUUUGUGUAAUCUUUUUGUUAUUUGAAUUUUUUUUUCGUUUACAAAAAGCUAGUUUACUAAAUCUCUUAUUUCGUGUUUUGGUUCGUAGAUUUAUAUUCUAUUUAUACAUAUUGAAAUAAGGGUGAAUUUCUGAAAUGAAUAAGUUUGGGAUGAAAAUUAAGUGCUGAACACUGAUUUUAACAGAAUUAAGUAUCUAACAAUUAAUUUUGAUCUGAGCCAGUUUUAUUCCUUGUACGUACAAGUAACCGGUAAAGGAGAGAUGGUGAGAUGAUGUUGACAACAACAGGUAUGGUCAUUAUUUACCAAAAACUAUUAUAUUAAAAGGGAAGAUACACAUUCCACGUCACAUAUUAAAUAACCGCAUACGUUUCAGUGUGUUCAAUAAAUAAGUGGACAAAAAUAAACCACUAAAUACUAACCCCACUCACAAUCACUAAAUACUAAACCCAACAACAAAACAUACAUCAUGCAUAUUCACCGUAAAAUAAUAUAAACCCUAUUAAAUAAUCACUAAACUCUACCCAGAAAUAUAAACUCUAAUCCAGUGUCAACACCAAUUUUUCAUAUAAUAAACUCAAAUUUCAUACCAGUAAGAUGAAUUACCAUUCUAUAUGAGACAUAUAGAAUAGAAAAUGUGAAAAUACAGUUGCAAUCUAAAGAUCAUCUUACCAUAUUUCUCAAAUAUUGAUAUGGCUAUGCCAUUAUGGAAGGUAGUAAUGCUUGCCCUAAUGUCAAUCCCAAUCGUACAUAAACUAAACCCAAUCAAAUAAUCACUAAACCCAAUCAAGGAAGUACCCCAAUCCUAAUUACCAACUACUAAAUACUAAACUCUAAAUCCUAAUUACUAAACCCUAAACCUAAA